UCAAUACAACACACAUGUCAAAAAAUUAUGUACAAGCUUAACUGGGGUUUUAUAUAUUUUUUCACUAAUAUAUUGUUUUUUCUUAUUAUAAUUUAUAUCAGAGUAUUUGAUUUGGACGGUCACCAGCUCCUUAAACUAGCUGAAGUAGUGUAAAAAUGCUGGUCUCCGACACUGGCAUCACUGGGGCAAAUGAACUUCUUAUUAAAGUCGUCAGCCCGGAAGGCCAGACGUUCACUGCUUUCUUUUCUGAAGAAACACUCAUAGAGGAAGUUAAAAACCGAGCGAUCGAUUAUUUCUAUCCCAAUGGAGAAACUGGAUCAAGUCGGUUCAAAGUGGUUAGAGUCUUCGAUACUGCUACUUUACACGAGUUUUUGACAUUAUCUCAAGAGCAAGUUGUUAGUCAAGAAGAACUUUUGUUAGUUGAAAGAAGAAUACCCGAGGCAGGUGCGCUGUGGGACCUCGGAGCAGUGCGUGCCCCUCAACCAGGGACUAUAGCCGCUGCGACAGCCUCCCUCCCCUCUCCACAGAAUGCAAUGAGACAACCGAAUCUGCAAUCGUUACUGUCGACCAAUGAAUUGUCUUUCGAACUUAGAAAAAUUUUAAUAUCACUCAUCGAAGCAGGGGCACGUCUUGCGGCCUCUGGCCGUAACUAUGAAAUGACGCUAGCCCAACUUUCAGCUGCAUUAGAUGAACCGAAACGGACCCAACAAACGGUCAUUCAAGUGAUUACUCCAGAGGAAAUAACAGCGAGAUUAAAUGCCGAUAUUCAUUUGGCCGCUGAAGAUGCAUUACCUACGAAUAAAACUGAUGGAGAGGAUUUGUAUCGACGCGCGGAACAUUUGCAAAGGUUUCUGGAGAAAUUUCGUGAAUGGAGAACGAAGAUUGCUGAACCGCCGAACCCAGAAGCAAUAACUACUUUAAAAGACCUUGGGUUUUCUCAUGAAGAUGCUGACAAGGCUCUAAGACACACUGGAUGCAAUGUACCAGCUGCAGCCUCUUGGCUGAUCGGGGAGAGAGGCUCCAGUAUCUUCGAGCUCAUUAACGGAUUGCCCGAUGGCUUAAUUUUACAAACAUUGUUGAAACAGCCGCAAAUACAACGUGGUCUAUUGAAUACGAGGAUGUUGAUUGCAUUUAUAGCAAUGGUGGGGCAGACUGGCAGCGCCUCCCUUUGGCUCAACUCGCCUCACGGAAGUCCCUUGCUGUCUCAAAUAUCGAGGACCUAUCAUUCAGAGAAAUACUGUCUGGCUGUAAACCAGUUCUCGGAGGAGAGACGCGAACAAAUUUCGAAUCCAUCUACUUCAAGGCAAAGAAAUUAAUUUUUGUGAAAGGUUCAUAGUUACAAUGUUACGUUUGAUCUCAGCACAUUAAAUUUUCUGUGAUUUAA